AUGCCACCUCAAUUAACAUUUAUAAAAUUAACAAAUGAAUUAUCAAUACCUAUAAAACUAUAUAUUAAAAGAUUUGAAACAUCUAAAAACUCAAAAACAAAGAAUUCCGAAUCAUCUACAUCAUCAUCAACAAUUCAAUCAUUAUCAAUAAAUGAAGUAUCACCAAUAACAAUUCAUAAUAUAACAACAAUAAAAUUAUCACCCAAUCAAAUUUCUGAAAUUAUAACAAAGAUAACUCCCAUUAUAAAACCAAUUAUAUAUGAUAUUUCAAAAUUAAUUCAAUCUUAUAAAUUUGAAAUUGAAAAUUUAAAAAUUGAAAUUCCAAUUGAUAUUUUAAUUCAAAUUAGAUAUAAAUUAAGAUUAAUUGAUUUUGAAGAAGCUAAAAAAUAUUUAAAUCAUUCAAAUUUUACUACUUUAGUUAAGAAGCUGAAAUUUUAUAGCAAGAAAGAAGAUGGAAAUGAAGAACGACAGGUUGUGUUUGAAGAAGAAGAAAAUGGAGUUUUAAAUCCUAAUGAUGAUGAUAUUGAAAUUACUGAUGCUAAAAAUGUAGAUAUACCUGAUAAUGAAACAAUUAAAGAGGAUAAAAAGGAUUAUAGAGAUUACACUCUAAGUGGGAAGCAGAUAGUUGGUGAUUUUAUACAUUGUAUAAAAGUUUUUGUAUAUUAG